UUGGGCAAUGGCUAAUCUUGAGUUCAGAUCGCGGCAAGUUUUGCUUAUAAAUUUCAAGUGAGAAACCCAGAAUUUUUGUAACCGCCAUUGGAAUCCAUGAGCCGAUCAUGGCUGGCCCUAGGCCUAAGCCUCGUCUUCCUCCCCUGGCUGGGAGCACAGCAGGGAGCCGUGUGCCACGAGCGAGUGCCCCACAUAGCAAACAGCACUAACGGAGAAGUGAGCUGGAGUCUGCGUGAGGUUUGCUGCAAGGGCUAUGAGGGUACACCGGGCGGGUGUCGACCGCGCUGCAAUCCCCGCUGCCUGCACGCCCAGUGCACCGCUCCACAGCAAUGCACCUGCGACUUGGGCUACGAAACGCCGAGCGAGCAGGAGUUCAGCAACGCCGGCUGCCAGCCGAAAUGCCACGCCUGUCGCAAUGGCGAUUGCAUUUCGCCUGGCCGCUGUCGCUGUUGGCCCGGCUACGUGAAGAGCCGCAAGUCGCUGAGCUGCCAGCCGGCGCCGCAUCUACUCCAGCCUGCCGAGCAGUGUGAGUUACGUUGUCGGAGCACUCGCUGGCAAAAGUACUUCAGCUGGAGUCAUCUGUUGAGUGGUCGUACACCCAACACCGUUCCCACUUGUCGCCAGAAUCAGACGGAGCCCUGCCUGCAGCUGGACCGCUGCGUCUGCAGUAGUCUCAGCCAGCGGCUGAUUUGCCAGGACACAGCUGAGAAACAGCCACAGCAAUAUGUGUGCAGUGAUCCAAUGGAUCAGACAGUCGAGAACCAUCCAGGACUCCAGACUGAGGGAUCAUAG